UUGACGGAAGAAAAUUACACGUACAUGAUUAUGUGUCCAGUAGCGCCAAAAUGCGAUGACUACUAUAAUGUCAUCCAACAUUAUAAAACUAGUGCUAUUAAGGACAUUCCGUCACUUGAAAGAUGGAAACAUUCCGAAGCUAGCGUGAAGUUGUAUACUUGCAAUACCUAUCCUGCUGAUAAUGAAAUGUCAAAUAAAAUAAACGAACCUAUUCGAUCAAUUUUGAAUCGACGUUCAUCAGACCCGAAACGUAAGAUUGAAAGAAACAGCAAAAAAUAA